AUGGAACGAGAACCAUUGAUUUGGAACCCAAACCUCUGGUUCGAAUCAUUUUGCCACUUUCUUACUAUAAAUGAUUAUUUAUUUUCUCCACCAAAAUUAACCCCUGGAGAUGAUCUGAGUCAGUCACAUGGACUGUCAGCGACACUAGAUUAUUACUCAAUCCCCUUCCCUGCCCCUUUCUCUCUCACACACCACACACUCUGGAGCUCCCAUCGCCCUGCACCGGAACAAAAUCGGAGGCCAAGGAAGCCUAACCGCGUCAAUUCGAGUACAUCCCCGAAUCUCAAGCUGGCGUACAGCCCGAAGAGAGCGACGGCGGAGCUCCGCCACUCGAGCUCCAUCGGCAACCGCGCCACCCCGUCCCCCUCCGCCUCCGCCGUGGCCUCGUCCCCAUUCUCAUCCGACUACAACUCCGUCACUGCCGCCGCCGACGAUGAUAAUGGCCGCGAUCGGCAUUCCCGGGAUCGCUCAUUCCGCUCCUAUUUCCAACCUUUUCUCCCGCACUUCCUUUUCCCCAACGACGAUCUCUACAGAGCCCAUCCCCAUAGAUCUAAGAUCUCGAUAGUCAUACUCGUCGCUAUUGUUUUCGCGGCCGUGAUUUCGGUUUCUUCCGUCGUUCAACGAUUGAAUGCCCCUUACUUGUGCAGAAAAGAUGGUAUUACUCUUCAGUGCCCUCAUGUUAAGGAGCCUCCCUCACUCUGGGAAAAUCCUUAUUCAGCCACUACAUCAUGGAAACCUUGUGCAGAAAGACGUGAGGGUGUAAUUUCAGAUCUUCCAUCUAAGAAUGCAACAAACGGUUAUAUCUUUAUUCAUGCUGAGGGCGGUCUCAAUCAGCAAAGAAUUGCUAUAUGCAAUGCUGUUGCUGUGGCAAAGAUCAUGAAUGCUACUCUUAUUUUACCUGUGCUGAAGCAAGACCAGAUAUGGAAAGAUCAAACGAAAUUUGAAGAUAUAUUUGAUGUAGAUCAUUUUAUUGACUACUUGAAAGAUGAUGUUACUAUCGUGAGAGAUAUCCCGAAAUGGUUUACAGAUAAAGCAGAGCUGUUUUCUAGCAUAAGACGUACUGUAAAGAACAUUCCAAAGUAUGCUCCUGCACAAUUCUACAUUGACAAUGUUUUGCCUCGGGUCAAGGAAAAGAAGAUAAUGGCCUUGAAACCUUUUGUUGAUCGACUGGGGUAUGAUAAUGUUCCUCAAGAAAUCAACAGGCUAAGGUGCAGAGUGAAUUAUCAUGCCUUGAAGUUUCUUCCUGAAAUUGAAAAUAUGGCUGAUUUACUUGUAUCGAGAAUGAGAAAUCGGACGGGCAAUUCUAAUCCUUUCAUGGCUCUGCAUUUAAGGUUUGAGAAAGGUAUGGUGGGUCUUUCUUUCUGUGAUUUUGUGGGGACUAGGGUGGAGAAAGCUCUGAUGGCUUUAUACAGACUUAAAGAAUGGCCCCGACGCUUCAAGGAUGGUUCCCAUCUUUGGGCACUGGCUCUUCAGAAGCGAAAGGAAGGACGUUGCCCUCUUGAACCCGGUGAGGUAGCAGUGAUGCUUCGUGCUAUGGGCUAUCCUAAAGAAACACAAAUAUAUGUAGCUUCAGGGCAGGUUUAUGGUGGACAGAACCGCAUGGCACCACUGAGGAACAUGUUCCCCAAUCUUGUCACGAAGGAGGAAUUAGCAACCAAGUUGGAGUUGGAUGGAUUUAGAAAGCACGUGACAAGUUUGGCGGCUCUAGACUUUUUGGUCUGUUUGAAGUCUGAUGUCUUUGUCAUGACACAUGGUGGAAACUUUGCUAAACUAAUUAUAGGGAAUCGGAGGUAUCUAGGCCACCACCUAAAAUCCAUAAAACCAGACAAGGGUCUAAUGUCCAAAUCUUUAGGAGACCCUUACAUGGGCUGGGCCACAUUUGUAGAAGAUGUGAUCACAACCCACCAGACUCGAAGUGGACUACCCGAAGAAACUUUUCCCAACUAUGACAUCUGGGAGAAUCCCUUGACACCUUGCAUGUGCAGAACCUGAUUACUAUACUUGUUAUAGUGUAGCGCAUACCAUAGGCAAUAUGCUGGAAGGCAAUGUACCCUAGUCGAGGGCAGAAAUUUUGGUUGGGAAAAAGCUAAAAGCUAUAGCUGCAGGUGAUGAAAUUUUACAUCAGAGCCUGGGUGGAUGUGAUGAAAGGUCUCUUGCUGCCAACCAGGGGCUUCAGAUUUUCACUAUACUUUCUUGGCAGGGGGCGCAAAGACACUACAUGAUUGUAUUGAAAUAUUGAUUAAUUUUAGAUCAUAAUUUUUCAUUUGUAAAUUGUUAUUUGCAUGCAUGGAAUGCAAGUUUUUAAACUGAGUGAGUUUGCAUUAAGAAAUCCUGCAAAAUCUAUGGCUGUGUCAGUAUUGCACGAAUCCACGAUUGUUUCAUUUCA